AUGGCAGACAAAUCCACAAUUGGCUCCUGGACCGAAACUGUGACUUCCCUCCCCCCAAACAGACGCUACAUCUGCACGCACGAGAGCAGUGGAAAAUCUAUCGUGCACUCCUCCCCACCCCAACUCUAUCAUGGGCGGGCCGGUGUAGGCGGCAUGGCACGUUCCUUUUCUACCUCAACAGUGCCCGCUAUUCUGAAAGCCGACGCGGACGUUAAUGCGUACCUCUCCACGUCCGGUGCGUCGUCCCAUAAAGGGACAGAUAUUGUGAGCCCAACUGGGCAGGGUGCAAAUCUACUUGUUGUGGACAUUGCGCCGGGUGGACAGAGUCAAAUGCAUAGGACCGUUAGUAUAGAUUUUAGUAUCUGCGUAUUAGGAGUCGUGAAGAUGGAGCUAGAUGGUGGGGAGAUGUUGACUUUGAACCCUGGCGACCACGUCAUUCAACGGGGCACACUCCAUAAGUGGCACAACGGCUCGCAAACCGAGCCAGCCCGUUUUAUAGCGGUAACACUUCCAUGCGAGCCUUUUGAGAUUCCAGGGACAGGGAGGAUGCUUAAGGAGGAGCAUUUAGAAGGGAGUGGGGCUCAAAAACAUGAUGGAAGUAGGCUAUAA